AUGUCUGACUCCUCCUCAGUGAGCGAACAAAAAAAAUUUUGAAAGCCUCUAUAUUUUAAGUAAAAAUUCAUCCUACGUGAGUGUACAAAAAUUAAAAUGUUUUAUGAAAAAAACAUUUCGAUAUAUAAGUGAUAAUUAUUGCAAUGAAGUCUGUAGCUAAUUGUAUUUAAAAUUAACAGUUUGUAUUUAAAAUAUAAAUUUUACGAAUUAGUAUUUGCUUUAUUUUUUAUUUUAAAAAAAAAUUCACUCGACAAAAUUUGUUGUUCGCUCAUGGAUGGGGGAGUGAGUUAUUUUUGAGUUUUGAAAAGGAUUUCUGUGAUUACAUGAAUCUAAUCAAAUCAGAAUUGCAAUCACAAUUCCAGAGUCAAGAAACUAAUGGAUCAAUAAUGAGCAAAAUAGAAAAAGAUAUAAUAGAAGCUGAAAAAUGCGUAAGAAUCAUAUAGCUAAGGCAAAUGGAAAUCGAAACCUCUAUGAUGCCUGCAAACUCAAGACAGUCUUUACAGCAAGAAAUUAGAAAAUUUAGAAAUGAUUUGGAAAUAGCAAAAAGACAAAUAAGACAAGAGCAAGCCCUUAUCAGUGAUCAGAAAUCAAAAGAAAUGCUGAUGGGAACAAGCUUGAAUAAAGUAAAGAUUUAUGUAGAAAAACAAUAAUGAGCAAAAAGAAAGACUUUUGGGAGCAAAUAGCUUGUUUAUACAGCAAGAAGGAUUGAUUUUUGAAGCUAAAAAAUAUGCUCUUGAAGCUGAGAAUUCUUCUAUCGAAGCACUUUCAGAGCUGAAAAAUCAGCGUGAGACCAUUCAAAGGUCAAUUCAAAGGAAUAGGGAGGUGAAUGAAAAUCUUACCAAAGGUAACCGCUUGAUAUCACUGAUGCAAAGUAGGGCUAUACAAAAUAAACUUAUUGUAUAUGGAAUUAUGAUUUUGCUCUCUGCUUGCCUGAUGUUUUUGGUAUAUAUGAAAGCAAGUUAA